UUGAUGAAAUUAGAAAACUUACACAAACAAUAUAUCAAAAUUGUCCAAAUCUUAGGUAUAUUAAGCUGCCAAUUAAAGAUUAUGCUCUUACUGAAUUUGAAAGAUUGUUAGCUAAUUCUCAAUAUUUAGAUGGAUUAGUUAUUGAUUAUGAAAUAGGCUUUGAUUAUAAGGAUGUAUUUGAAAUAUUAACUAGAUCAUCACCAUUAAAUUUGUAUAAAUUUAAAUUUAUUUUUACAGAAAAAUUUAGACUGAAUUUUAAAUUAUUAGAAUCAUUUCUUAUUAAUUGGAAUGAUAGACAACCUAUGCUAUUACAAAUCUCCCUAGUUAAUUUUAUAGAUAAACAUCAAUGGUAUAUGAAACGAUUGAACUCACUAAUUAAAAAAUAUGAAACGAAAGGAAUUAUUAAAAAAUUUGAUCUUAAUUGGUAUCAUAAAUUUGAAGAAUUUGAAUGGGUUCAAGAUGUAACACAAUUUUAUUCUUUGCCUAAUAUCUGAAGAUCAAAGGAUUUAUUCUUAUUAUAUGUAAUUAUGGUUAAAGUAAUAAAAAAUUUAUUAAAUAUAAAUAAAACAACUA